UUAAUACGAGUAAUAUAUUUGUUUUCAUUGGAUUAGCAUUAAUGUUAAGUAUGGCGACAAUGAUCAGUGGAUUUGGGUUUCAAGACAUCAUGGAAUCCAUGGUCCAGCAGAACGACGCACAGGCAAUGAGUGGCGACACAUCCGGUGACACACCGCUGAGGAAGAUAUCCAGAGGCGAGACAAUACAUUCGGGACACUUCAUGGUGUCUGAAAUCGAUGAAAGCGAACAAAUCAUUGAACUCGAGGCCAACGAAUCGCGCGAAUCCGACUUUGAGAGACCCGUUGAGGCGAACGACACUUUGAAUAAAUAUGAUUUGGAGACCAAUUGCAAGGAAACGACACAAACAUAUUAUGGCGGACCCUUCUCUUCCAACAAAGUCUCCAUCGAUGGCUCACUGACCAAACUAUUUGAGUGCAUGAGUUUGGCCUAUAGUGGCAAGAUUACAUCACCAAGGUGGAAGUCAUUCAAAGGCCUCAAACUCAACAUCAAGGACAAAAUCCGUCUCAAUAAUAUCAUAUGGCGGGCCUGGCAUAUACAGUACAUCGCCGGACGGAAUCCAAUUGUUUGUCAAUUCUCAUCGCCGGUGGACAGCGAUCGCCAUAAAAAGGUCGAAGCGGUCAUAAUGGAGGGUAAAUACUGGAAAAGACAUUUCGCUGCCGUCAUUGCUGAGUACAACAAGUGGCGACUCUAUAACUACCAAACAAAGGAGGGUCGGCCCGAAACGCCUUCGCGUCCUAAUAUAUCAUUUGAUUGGGAGAAUUGUAUGACAAGUUUCAACAGUUUGACGGACAGCCCUUCCGAUGAUUAUAUGAUGGAUUUUACGGAUCCACUGUUCGCUCAAUUAUUUCAACCAAAUAUGUUUCCAAAUCCUUUUCCAAACCCUCGCGAAAUAGCUCGAAGUGGAAUGGGAGCCGAGUUUAUGCAACCCGGACUCACGCAACUACUACAGUCUAACAUUGAUGAUGUUUCUUUUAUGGAUACGUUUGAACCCGAACUGUUUUUCCCGCAGAAGAAUAUGCCUUCUUUGCCAACAUUACAGGAAGAGACUAAUAUUGAUAACAAUAUUCUUGUCGGCCAACAAAAUGCACAGAUUAACCAAUCGAUUUCUGAGAUGUCAUCUCCAGAAUUGCUGAACGCACUCUUUGGUCAGUCAAACUCGAGGCCGCCUUCCAAUCAGAUGUCUCGCUAUUCUAUGGACAACAAGAAUUUGACACAAUCUAUGGCACAAACUUCGGCUCAAACGAAUCGAUCGAAUUCUGAUUUACACGUAUCGUUUAAAUUGGAUCCAAUGCCACCACCGGUGCCCCAACGGGCUCUCAAUCAGAGUCCCAUUCAAUCGUUGCCAGCGAUGAAUGAAAUGAAUGCCAUUCAGAAUCCCAUGCAAUCUAUGCAAUCGAAGCCAAUGCUGGACUCGAUAUACACUCAAUAUGGGUCGCCAGUGAUUGGCGCACAAAACUCAGUGCCUUUCAGCCGAAGCCAACCGUCCGUUCACACGAACAGCCGAUCGAUUGUGGCCAAUGAAUUUGCUCAAUCAAACAAUACCUCUUAUUCGCACUCCAUUAGCCCUAUUCCUCAACAUUUUGGUGUCAAAAGUAGUCCAAUGAGAAAGAAGUACACGAAUUCAGUGGCAAAGAGUGUCUCAUCUCCUGAAGCCAGUAAUCAGAAGUUUGUGUCCCCGAAGUCGAUGGCAAACAAACAACGAUCGCGCGAACGAAGCAUUUCGACGCCUCAUAUCAACCGCGAAGCGAUUGGCAUUCAAACACUGCCUCUGAUGUCAAUCCCGACGUCUGCCGUCUCGAUGACAAAUAUUUACUCUCCCAGAGGUAACCCAAGCUUCGAGCGCUCAUCUUCUCUGCCCCUCUAUACUCAAGAGCGCCGCAAAGGUGUCGUUUCGAUGCCGAGAAACGCCAACUUUCCCAGUGCUUCAAACAGUGGUUCCGUGUCUAACAUUUCAUACCCAUUGCAACAAUCGCUGCAACCGAUGGCCAAUAAGUUGCAAAUGAUUGCACAAAAUAAUAUGAACUCAUAUUCUGCACCGCAAUACAUGUCAGCCCCGCAAAUGGUUGUCUCCAACCCAUACGACAUGUCUCAGGGAUCUACGAGCGACAGCACUCUUAUCGCACGUCUUCUGACCUCAAACUCAUUGAAUAACAUUUCAAACGAUAAUUCACAACAGAUGUACUCAACAGUCAAUCCAACCGCAGCUCAGAAUUUGAAUUUGUCUAACAAUACGAGCGAAAGGCCCACAACUAUCGACGCCUCCUGUAUUGGCAUCAGAAGUGUCACGAAUACCGAUAAAACUCAGUUAUUUUCGCCAAAACUUCGAGAGACUGACAUUUUGCCAAUCGCUGGACAGUUAGCGCCAAAUAUUAAACCAAAUUUUGUAAUGCAAUCCAAUCCUAACAUUUGUUCGACUCCUUCAACGCCAUCGAUGGUCUCUAUUGUACCCCAAAUGCCAUCACUCGCCAAAUCUCACUCAUCGCCCGUUUCUAUGUCUUCAUAUAACGACAAGUUUGCGAGCAUUCAAUCGAUUCCAUCGCCGCCAUCCAUGUGUUCCCCAACUAAUACUGCGAAACCUAAGACAACUAAAGACCGGAUCCAAUAUAAAGAGCACCGAAGAGUUUGUCACAUAAACGCCGAGCAGAAGCGUCGGUGCAAUAUUAAGAACGGCUUCGACACACUUAAGAGUCUAUUGCCGUCAAUCAGUCAAAGCACUAACACUAAAAUUAGUAAAGCAGCGAUGCUUCAGAAGGCGGCCGAACACAUCCGGCAGCUCAAGAGUGACCGACACCAGCAACAGGAGGAAUACGAUCUGCUCAUCCAACAGGUCGAUAGCCUCAACCAAACCAUUGGGUGU